UAUGUAAUUAUUGUAAUUUAGUUAAACCUAGUGGAUGGGGGUAAUUUACUCUAUUUAUUUAUAUACAAAUUAAUAUUGUACCCAUUUUUAUUUUGUUCUUACUAUUUAUAACCCAAAUUAAAAAAACUCUAAAUUAAGUCUCUCUUUCUCUCUCUAGCCCAAAAUAAAGAAGCUAAAUUUAGUUCAACCAACCCAACUUAACCCGAUUCCGCUUCUCUUGAAUUUGUCUCUAGGUAGAGUUGUCUUGCUUUGAUUUGUGAAUGACAAUGUUCGAAUAUAUAUGUAUAUAUAUAUGUAUGUGCAUGGUCAUAAUGGACUCCGACAAUCUCUCUCUACCUCUCAUUCCUGGGAGAAAAGCAAGGGGGGAUCGAGAGAAGAAACAGCAACCAGAAAACAAAGCUUCAUCUCUCAUAUCUCAGCCCCUCCGCAGGAAACUCAGCCGAGAUAUCUCACCCCAAAAACUUAACCAUAAUAACAAUGAGGUCCACCACCUCUUCCUCCUCCACCACCACCAGGGCCAAUGGCACCCAGGCAUGCGCCGCUUGUAAAUACCAACGCCGCAAGUGCUAUCCUGACUGCAUCCUCGCCCCCUACUUCCCCCAUGACCGCCAAUCCCAGUUCCUCAACGCCCACAAGCUCUUCGGUGUCAGCAACAUCACCAAGAUCAUCCGCAACCUUACCCCGCCGGAGAAGGACGAGGCCAUGAGGACCAUCAUCUUCCAGUCCGACGUUCGUGCAGCCGACCCCGUCGGCGGCUGCUGUCGCAUCAUCCGCGACCUCCAACGCCAGAUCAAGCUCGGCCACCUUGAGCUCGACCUCAUCCUCCACCAGCUCGCCCUUUGUCGCGCCGCUGCCGCCCAGCAAGCCUCUUUGCCCAAUUCUGAGGUGGAAAACUUGAGCGGGUAUGACGGAGCGAUCAGUUAUGAAAACAUGGCUCUGCCACUGACAAUUGAGAGGGAGGAGGAGGACAACGAGGAAUUUUUCUUGCAGGAGAAUAACAGUUUCCAGGAGAUAGCUGCAUGGGCUAUGCAGGACACGGCGUCGUCUUGCAUACAGGAGAAGCAACAAGGGUUUCUGAAGGUAGACUGUGGGGAUGACGAAGAUUUCGAGCCCAACCUUCUCGACAUAGCCGAUGAGAAGGUCAAAGUACAAGCGUUUAAAUUGACAUGA